UUUCAUUUCGCUAACACUGCGUGGCAUUUUCGUAAUUCUGAUCAAUUCGCAGCCCACUUUCCUUAAUUCUUCACCGUCGCCCCAACACUUCUUCCACUCUCCGAAGUUUUCCCUCCCCACCAACACUUUCCUCUCUAGUCCCUUCACCCCUUGACCAUCCCACAAAGACCACAAAGAAACAAAGGGGCCACGCGAAACUGGGAGAGAAACAAAGAAAAGGAAAACAAAAGGAAGGAAACUCGACCGAACUGAGGCUCCAAUUCGAGAAAUCAGUGUUAGAAAUCGAAAAUUUUCCGUGAUCUAGUUUUCCGUCUCUGAGCUGAAUGAGUGAAAGAGGGAAAAAGGAGAAGCAAACGGAGAAAAAGGAGAGAAUGAAAAACAUUUUCAAGAAGCUUCACAUAGGGAGCAGUAGCCACGAUCCUAACCGAUCCAGUGAGAUUCCGCCAACUGUCCCCUCGCCGUCGUGCGCCACUGAUCACCGUGCUGCUGUAGCAUCACAGAAUACUGGCGUAUCUCCGGCAAGCCCGUCGCCGUCGUCCUCUCCCUCUGCGGCACCGUCUGUCGCUCCAUCUGGUGUCGGCGGCGCCGCCGCUGCGAUCGUCAACCGGCAGGACUUCUUCUCGUCGGAAGAGGAGUUUCAGGUGCAGUUGGCCCUAGCAAUCAGCGCUUCGAACUCGGAUUUCGGUGGCGAUCGCGAGAAGGAUCAGAUCCACGCGGCGACGCUGCUGAGUCUUGGAGGACACCGAAUUGAUUCGGCGAGGAGCAAGGAUGAGGUUGCCGAGGCGCUGUCGAGGCAGUACUGGGAUUACAAUGUGCUUGACUAUGAGGAAAAAGUGGUCGAUGGUUUUUAUGAUGUUUUUGGGCUUUCUGCUGAUUCUGCAAUGCAAGGAAAGAUGCCAUCCCUAAGAGACCUCGAAACAGACCCUGGGGAUUCUAGCUAUGAAGUGGUCAUAGUUAAUCGAACAGUUGAUCCUGCCUUGGAAGAGCUAGUGCAAAUUGCACAUUGUAUUGCAUUAGACUGCCCUGUCACUGAGGUUGGUAUUUUGGUACAAAGGCUUGCUGAACUUGUUACAAGCCAUAUGGGUGGUCCUGUAAAGGAUGCUAGUAUUAUGUUGGCAAGAUGGACGGAAAGGAGUACGGAAUUAAGGACAUCACUUUCAACAAGUUUAUUGCCUAUUGGGUCCUUAAAUAUUGGGCUCUCUAGACAUCGUGCGUUGCUUUUCAAGGUAUUGGCCGACAAUAUUAAGAUGCCUUGUAGGCUGGUAAAAGGUAGUCAUUAUACUGGUGUUGAGGAUGAUGCUGUCAACAUUAUAAAGUUAGAGGAUGAAAGUAGUAGUCAAAAUUCUGUAUUAAGAAAUCAUUCACCACCAUGGAAUGAAAAAUUAUAUUUUGAAAAGCCUGAGUAUGCACGACCUAGCUUGGGUUUCAGCAAAGACGCUGGUGUUGGUCCUUCUAAGAUACCUAAUAAAAGAAAUACGGAAAUUUCACCACCAUACUCUGGUGCUUCUCUGUACAAAGGGACUCUUGGAAUGAAUGCAGUUGGUGAUGGGAUGAGAUUAAAUGUAAAUGUUGUACCAUAUGCUCAGAACAACCCCAAUGAUUCUCAUAGCCUUUUUGCAGAUCUUAAUCCAUUUCAGAUAAAAGGAACUGGGAAGACAUCUGUGCAUAAUAUACCUGUUGAAAAUAAAGCUCCUGAGCUCCAGAGUACAAGAAAAAAUACUAUUCCUGGGCAACCCCCUGUACCAUGGAAGAAUUGUUAUGCUUACAAUGAAGUUUCCAGGAAAAAUAAUCGUAAUCCUAAUGACUACAGUCCUACAUUAUUAGUUUCUAAUAAUUCUUCCGUGUCUGAAAAGGUUAAUCUCAGUGGUAGAAAAUCACCAUACAGUUCAAAUGUAAAUAAUAACAUAAAUGUUCAAACUCAACCACAAGUUACUGGUUCCAUGAUAGCACCUGCAGCAAUUGAACAGAACUGGAUUCAGGAUCUUAAUGCUUAUCACAAUGGGGGACAUGUGGAGCAUUCUCAGAAUGUCAUGUCAGAGGCUUUUAAAGAACAUGAAAACAGUGAAAUCAGAGAUAUUGACUGGAGGGCGUGCACACAUGACAGAUUCAUGGGAAGCAAUUUAAAACUAAAGGAACCAGAGAGUCCUAGUUCAUCAGUUGAUUCUAUUUCAAACAGGCCCAGGGUUGAUCCAAAUCCACCAAUGUUGGAUGAUGUAGAUGUUGGUGAAUGCGAGAUUCCAUGGGAGGAUCUGGUUAUUGGAGAAAGAAUUGGUCUAGGUUCAUAUGGCGAGGUAUACCAUGCAGACUGGAAUGGCACAGAAGUUGCUGUGAAGAAAUUUUUGGACCAGGAUUUUUCAGGUGCUGCCUUGUCUGAAUUCAAAAGAGAAGUAAGGAUAAUGCGUAGACUGCGUCAUCCAAAUGUUGUUCUUUUUAUGGGUGCUGUUACCCGUCCCCCCAAUCUUUCAAUUAUUUCAGAGUUUCUUCCAAGAGGAAGCUUGUACCGAAUUCUUCACCGGCCUAAUUGUCAGAUUGAUGAGAAACGAAGGAUAAAAAUGGCUCUGGAUGUGGCCAGGGGAAUGAAUUGCUUACACACUAGCACACCAACUAUUGUUCACCGUGAUCUGAAGUCCCCAAAUCUUUUGGUUGAUAAGAACUGGAAUGUUAAGGUAUGUGAUUUUGGUUUAUCACGCCUGAAGCACAACACAUUUCUAUCAUCCAAGUCAACUGCUGGAACGCCUGAAUGGAUGGCUCCUGAAGUUCUCCGCAAUGAACCCUCAAAUGAGAAGUGUGAUGUUUACAGUUUUGGGGUCAUCCUGUGGGAGCUUGCGACUCUAAGGUUGCCAUGGAGUGGAAUGAAUCCUAUGCAAGUUGUUGGUGCUGUAGGUUUCCAGAACCGUAGACUUGAUAUUCCCAAGGAAGUUGAUCCUUUAGUUGCAAGAAUAAUCUGGGAAUGUUGGCAACAGGAUCCAAAUUUGCGUCCCUCUUUUGCACAGCUCACAGUGGCACUAAAAUCCCUUCAGCGUCUAGUUAUCCCAUCUCAUCAAGACCAGGUAGCAUCACCUUUGCCGCAGGAGAUUUCUGUAAAUUCUACCCCCUGAAAUGUCUCACUUUCUCAAGUGUCAAUAACUAGGCUAUCUUCGUAGUUUACUUAUGUGAGUAUAAAGUUAUUAAAUGGAACAAGAGAACAAUAAGAGCCAAAGAAAAGAAUGAUUAAAAAAGAAAGGAAAAAAGAUUAUAUGAAAUCUUGUAACGGCAAAUAUUUGUGUUUAGAAUUGUAUCAAUUGUUGCUGCAGCCAAAACUACUGCAGUGCCAUUUUGUAUGUAUUAGCAUGUCCGAGGAACCAAAACUCGGUAGUAUAUGUAAAUUGCUGUACCUCAUCUCCAAA